AUGAAGCUUGCUGUUGUCCUCGCCCUCGCCUCCGUGGCCAUGGCCGCCAAGCUGCCGGCCGCCCAGCGCCCCGUGGCCAUCCUCCGCAGCGGCCAAGUCAACCCCGACGCCUUCGGCGCCCACAGCUCCGACUUCGAGGCCGAGAACGGCAUCGUGUUCCAGUUCUCGGGCUCCGAGGGUGUCAACGGCGGAGCCAACAUGAUCGGAACCUUCAGCUACCCCCUGGAGGACGGCUCUCUGGCCGAAGUCAAGUUCGUGGCCGACGAGAACGGCUUCCAGCCCGAGUCGUCGCUCCUGCCCUCUAAAAUCCCUGCAAUAAAACCUGAGGCUGAGAAAGUAUUUCCAAAAGAAAGUCAGACACAGCGCCUCCGCCUUCUGCCUGAAGCCCGUGUGACAACAUCGCCGAGUGCUUUUGAUAAGAAGGACAAAGGACUUUAG